AAAAAAUAAAUUGAUUUUUAGAAAAAUGAUUAUCUUUGGAGGAUUUAUGGGAAUCUUGUCUAUUCUACUAUUUUACUGGUUUAAGAUGUUUACAACUUAUAUUCCUGACAUUAAACUAAGCCAACUGGACCCUCAGAUUCAAGACUGGUUUAAUAAAGGGAGGUUAGUGGAUGUUUUGGGACAUACAAUGUUUGUAAUUGAUCAGAAUCCAAGUAUGACAGAGACAAUAAUACUCAUUCAUGGGUUUCCAACUUCUAGCUUUGAUUACAAGAAAUCUAUCGAUCUACUUUCCAAAGAUUACAGGGUGGUUACAUUUGAUCAUCUGGGAUUUGGAUUUUCGGAUAAGCCUCAAGAAAACUACACUUAUUCAUUAGUGGAUCAAGCAGAGCAAGCUCUUAAUCUUUGGAGAAUUUUAGGGAUAAAAUCUGCGAACAUAGUAUCCCAUGAUAUGGGAGACUCUAUCCUUACAGAAAUAUUGUCCAGGUAUGAGAGAGGUGUUCUCCCAGAUUAUUUCAAUAAUUUCUUUAAGAAAAUAAUCUUCACCAACGGAGGAAUGAAAUAUGAUUUUAUAAACUUCAGACUUUCUCAGAGUUUACUGAUGUCUCCUGUUGGUCCUUACUUAACUAAACUCAACAAAAUAAAUGAAUUGGCGGGAUUGAUGGAUCUUUUGUCAACACAACAACUGAAAACAAUAUGGAGUCCCGUAUAUUUAGAUGAGAAUGAAAUGGAGAUCGAUAUAAAACAAAUUCAGAUGAUAAACAGAUACAAGAACGGAAAUGCUUUAACACAUCUUACAAUCUCAUAUCUUCGGGACAGAUCAAGGUUUGAGUCUAGAUGGAUGACAAGCUUGGAGAGAAUACAGAUACCAAUUCUUCUACUCUGGGGAGAUAGUGACGCUGUGUCUCCUCUCAGUAUUCCACGUGCAGUUUCAAGACAUAUUCAGCCCGAGUUCGUGAAAAUGGAAACCAUGAAGGGUGCUGGACAUUUUAUUAUGCUGGAAGAACCGAUGAAGUGGACUAGACACAUUCUUCAAUUUAUAAGACUUUAAAUUUAAAAAUUAAACCACAUUGUUAUAGAUUCUUAUUUGCAGUUGGAUUCUUAUUAUGUUUCAAAUACAGAGCUGAGAUUUCAAAAGCUUAAACCCGAGUAAACCCCGCACACUGCUGAAAAUGGACCUUCAGGUUUCAAGUCAUAAACUUUUUCUUUGGAUUUUGUUUAUAUGCAAAGCUAUUGAGCUUUAUUAUCAAUUUUCAGAAAAUGCCACCAAGGGAAUUUUGAGCAAAUAAAUUUUUAUGAAAUUGUAGAAAUCAAUCACAGGUCUUAAAUUAAAAAUAUCACAAAAAACACAGAAUGAUCUUGAUUAAUCUUUGAACCUACAGUUACGAUUUAGUUUAGACUUAAAAAUGCACUUGACUUUUCUUUAAAAUGGAUUUAAUUAAAAUUCCCUAGGUGGCAUUUUCUGAAAAUUUAGAUUAUAACUCUGAAGCCUGCAUAUUAAUAUAUUCUGAAGAAAAAAUAGAUGUUUUGACUUGAAACCUGAUGGUUCAUUUAAAGCAGUGUGCCCGGUCUAUUGAAAGACUAAAACCCAAGUCAGGAUUGGUUCUAAUAUCACCAAUGCGAGACUGCUUAGAUAGAUUUCUCUCUUCAGCAGACAGAACAGCUGUGACAACGAGAUGUAAAUUCCGAAUUUCAAACUUAACGUAGUUACAUUAUUUUCAUGUGUUUAUUUCAUACCUUGACACUGCAAACAGUUUCCAAGAUUUGAAAUAUACAGAUGUUAUAGUUUUCCGAAAUUUACGACCAUCAGCUUUUGAAGACCAGAGCCUCAAAGAGCGAAAACCCCAAGGCGGUUAGGUUUUACUAAAUCUAAGGCCAUUCAAAACCCUAGCUUUCCUUGGGUAGACGCUAAGACCGGGUAAAGUUCUCAGCUUGGAUAGGAUGACUAAGUUGUGUUUCAUCCCUUGCAAAUUUAUCUAGUGUUUCAAAAAAUCUUGUUUAUUUCUUUGUGAGUAAGUUAGUCCCUAUAUAUUUAGUGGGACCCAUAACACACUGGAAUAGAGAAAUAACGUUAUGCUAUUAAAAUCAAAUCAAAUCAUUCUUUUUGGGACGUCCUACACCCACACCCCAAAAUUGAAGUGACUAUAUACUAAAUCAAUUAUGAAGUGAGGUCUUACGAGUUGUAUUUUUGCUAAUUUCAAUAGAGUCUACAAAAAGAUUUUUAAUCGACAUUAUUUAUGCCGUUAACAUUAACGAAAAACGCGCAAAUCAACAAUCUACAACGGACGUUAUUGCCAGACCGCUAAUCACAGAUUCUAGUUAUAAAGCAAAUACCAUUAAUACUAGUAGAUUGAAAAUACAAUACAAUAAAAUGGAUCUGUGUAAACUGCAAAAUUGUCUAUUUUUUUCAUUCAACUUUUUAAAAGCAGAAUUUGAGUCUGAUAUCCGUCAUCCUAUUAAAAGAGUUUUAUAGGCAUCACUAAACAAUACAUUGAUUUGUUUAUACCUCUUUAACCCAAAAAAUGUUUGUUUUAUUACUGUAUUUAAAAAUGUUUUUUUUACUAUUGUAUUUAAAAAUGUUUGUUUUAUUAUUGUAUUUAAAAAUGUUUGCUUUAUUAUUGUGUUUAAAAAGUAUCUUUUCCAAUGUCCAGUACAGUUAUUUUGGUUUACAUAACAGCCACUUAUCAUAUAAGGGGGCGUGUAUAUGGAUAUUGAUAAAAAAUAUUAAUAUUCAAUUUUCAAUAUAUUUCUGCAACCACAAAA